UAUCACUUUGUCACCAAGACUCAAGGGACAAAUGCCGAACUGACAGGACGGGGCCUCAAUAAGCUGCUGCCCUGAUCGAAAGUUGUCUUUUAAACGUCGUGCGGUGGAUCGUUAACCCACACAGUCUUCUCCGCGUGUUUUCUGACCGCCUUUCCAAAUUUAUCGUCUUCUGGAGAACAAAAGGUUGCAAGUGAAAAUGGCGCAGGUGGAAGUCCAAGACGAGAGCGCCAAAAAGCCGAUGGAGGAGAUCACGGAGGAGCAGUUCCUGAAAAAUCUUUACCUUUUCAUGAAGAAGCGAGACACCCCGAUAGAGAGGAUCCCCAAUCUGGGCUUCAAGCAAAUUGAUUUAUUUUUGAUGUUCAAGACUGUCAAUGACUUGGGUGGCUACCAUCAGGUGACGUCUCAUCAGCUGUGGAAACGGGUUUACAACACGCUGGGAGGAAACCCCCGGAGCACAAGUGCAGCCACCUGCACACGCAGACACUACGAAAAGUUGCUUCUGCCUUACGAGUGUCAGCUGAAAGGCAUAUUGAUGAGCUCCAUGCCGCAGCAUCAGUCGAGGCCCUACCGCGACCCCAAAGACAGCCUGAGGCCGUCCAAACGUGGGCUGGUAAACCACUGCUUCCAAUCGGACCCAGAUGGGAAUAUCUACUCUCCACCUUUCCAUUACUACCCAACUGGGUGGUCAGCUCACACACUUCUGCCACAUUUUGUGUCUAUUCUGCCUGCCGUAAUACCACCACAUAUCCCCCCUCCUCCCAAGGUCCCAUGUCUCCCCUCCCACCUGACUCAUCAGGACACAGUGAACGUGGUUAAAGAGCCUCUGGGUCACCUGCGUAGGCUGGCGAAGGAGUACAAGCACUCCUCAGGAUUGUCAGCCUCUGAACCCCUGAACCUGAGCACGAAAGCUCCAGCUCGGGAGCCCGACACCGACACUGACCCUCCCUCAUCGUUCGGACCACCCUCGUCCAGCAAGACCCCAAAGUUUCUGAACAGGCCCUCCACACUCUACGCCCCCCAUAGCGCAGGCGCAGUCAGAAGCGACGGAAGCGAGACGCAGGAGUCCGACAAAGGUGUCCCCACCCUCUCCGAGUCCGAGAAGAAAGAGAGCAGCGAUGCCGACGUCCAAGCCCCGACGCCCUCAGACAGCCCCAUAUUCAUUUCUGCUGUGAUGCCGGAGCCAAACAAAGGCGUCCUCGAGAUGACACCGAAACCCGGCUCUCUGAAAGCAGACUUUCCAGUCCGGCCGCCAGAGGACAGAGAAGUUAGGACGGAAGUGGAGGGUUUCAAUCUCAGUCACGUUCUACAUAGUAUACCCAAAGACGAGGAAGGCAAGAUGGAAAUCGAAGUACCGCUGUCCGUGGUUCGUAACUGGCUCAGGCUUUACGGCUCUUCAGCGAAGCCGCCCGAAGCAGAAGAGCUUCCCAUCCCAGAUUACGACGUCUCCAUGGGGAAGAAACGCGUGUUGGAUGUGGACGUUCUCCCGACAGUCUAUGAAACACCUCGUAGUCCUCCAUGCCAGAGCUCAGCUGAGGACCUGAGACUAAGGAACAAACCAGGACUCAUGCCAAACGCUCAGGCAGAUCACCACCAGGAGAGCCACCUCACCGGCUGCAAGACUUCUGGUGGUCUUCUGAGAAAUGUCGGAGGUGGCCGGAACGUCUGGCCACUCGACCACCAGGACAUCAAUAAGCCAUACAUGCUCAACUCAACCGAUUUCUGGGAUGCCUGUCCCAAAGAGACGACGGCUCCCCGCAGUCCGGUGAAACCCGAAUGCAGUCCCCCGAGGAAGUCUUCCAAGUUCUACAUGGAAGACCUGCUGCAGAGAGGGAUGCAGAGGUUGGAAGUGGAGCCCUCAGCCGUGCUGAUGCUGAAGUCCAGCCCCGCGUCCAGGUUUCCUCUGACCGCCGACGAGAUGAUAAAGCUGCAGAACAUCUCAAGUUCAUUGUGACGAUCAGAGAAAGACCCCCAACACCACAUUUAAGCUGCCACCCGUUAUUAACUCAAAUGAAAGCGUCUUAUUAGCGUCGUUGCGCAUUCGGAUGACGUCUAUGCGCCGUUAACGAAGAACAGCAGGACGGCAAAGUCAGCAUUUUGAAUGGAUACAUUGUAAUCAAAGUAAUUUACAUGAUUUCCAGUAUUAAUGGCGCAAACAUGAGGGAAAACGUAUAUGCAUAAACAUUCUCUUAUUCUUUUUUCCCCAUUUAUGAUCUGAAGAGUGAUUAGUUUCAUUUGUCAAGAUAUUUGAAUAAAAUAAACUGCAGGGGAAAUCAUUAAUCAGGCAUCAUAACAAAUAUCAGAAGAUGGAGAUUAAAGUCAUGCACAUUCAAAGUAAAAGAUUUUGACUGUCUUCUAUUUUGCUUAAAAUUAAGAGAUUAUUCUCUUUUUUCACAUUUGGAAUUCACUGUAAGGAUGUAAAUUAAUUUUGUCUAUUUUUUUAAACUAAGUUUUUUAUUUCUCCCUAAUACUAUUUUUUUUAUUAUUAUUAAACCUUCUAUGUCUUUCUGUUGAAAUGUCUGAAAUAAAAAAAAAUGAAUGUAAUUCAACAGUGAGGAAAUUAAAGGCACAACGUAGCAGAAUGUGAUUUGAAGAAAAUGUCUUCAUUGACAUUAAAUUAUCCUGUAAAUACAUAACCUGUACAGAAAUUUGAUUGUGAAAAUCAAAUAAAUUCCAUUAAAAAUCUGAUUGGCUUGCUCUUCGAAAGAAGAACUUGUCACUAAUGUUUUUAUUUUC